ACAAAAAUCCCCCGUUCCUCCUUCUCAGGCUUCCCCUUCUUCCUCCACAUCGAUCCCCUCCCCCCUCCACUCGUCUCCAAAAUCGCCAGCGAGAGCCAUGCCGCCUCCUCCCCUGCCCUCGCCGAGCCUGACCGACUGACCCCACCUCGCCACUGUUCUUUCCCUUCCACCUGGGCCCCACAGCGCCCCCUUACCGUCGCCACCAAAUCCCCAAAUCCCGGAGGCACGAGGAGGGAAUUCGUCGCCUGACCGAUCGGCCGAUCCACUGCCGUCGGCACCCCAAUCCGCCGCUGCCGCCAUGUUCAACAAGAUCAUCAAGAGGGGAAACCGCAAGGGCGCGCGCGGGGACAACGCGGAGGCCGCCGCGCGCCCCGCAGCGCCCUCCUCGUCCUCCGGGAGCGGCGGCGGCGGCGCGGGGGCAGCCGCGCCCGUCACCGUCAACCACGCCUCCCGGGCCACAGCGCCUUCGCCGUCCUCGCCCACUUCGCCGCACGUGGCGCCGUCUGCGCUUGCGACCAACCCGGCGGGGGCGGCGUCGCCGCCACUCCUCGAGCCGCUCCCGCUCCUCCGCGACGUCGCCGCCGCGGAUCGCCCGGGCCUCUUCCUCCGCAAGCUCCGCAUCGUCGCCGCGCUCUUUGACCUUUCGGACUCGCUCAAGCACCCGCGGGAGAAGGAGGCCAAACGCCAGGCUCUCCUCGAGCUCGUCGAUUACGUGCAGGCUCCAGCUCAGGCUGCGGGCGCCAACGCACCCACGCGCCUCCCGGACCACGUCCAGGAGGCGCUCGUCGCCGCCAUCUCUGCCAACAUCUUCCGCCCGCUGCCACCCGCGCUGCACGAAUCCGCCGCCGCGAUCGACCCCGGCGCCGCGCCCGACGAGGAGGAGGAGCCAUACCUCGACCCCUCCUGGCCACACCUCCAGCUCGUCUAUGAGCUCCUUCUCCGAUACGUUGUUUCGCCCGACACCGACACCAAGGUCGCCAAGCGGUAUGUGGACCACGCCUUCGUCCUCCGUCUCCUCGACCUCUUUGACUCCGAGGAUCCGCGUGAGCGCGAGUACCUCAAGACCGUGCUCCACCGCAUCUAUGGCAAGUUCAUGGUACACCGACCAUUCAUUCGCAAGGCCAUCAACAAUGUGUUCUACCGGUUCAUCUUUGAAACGCAGCGCCACAAUGGCAUAGGGGAGCUCCUUGAGAUCCUUGGAAGCAUCAUUAAUGGCUUUGCCUUGCCAAUGAAGGAGGAGCACAAGCUAUUCCUUGCCCGUGCUCUCAUCCCCCUGCAUAAGCCCAAAUCUGUUGCGAUCUACCAUCAGCAGCUGUCCUAUUGUAUUGUUCAGUUCGUUGAGAAGGACUACAAAUUAGCAGAUACUGUGAUUAGGGGUCUGCUCAAAUACUGGCCAGUCACAAACUGCCAGAAAGAGGUGUUGUUUCUGGGGGAGCUUGAAGAAGUGCUCGAGGCAACACAGCCUGCAGAGUUCCAGCGGUGCAUGGUGCCACUGUUCAAGCAGAUUGGACGAUGCCUUAACAGUUCUCACUUCCAGGUUGCUGAACGUGCUUUGUUCUUGUGGAACAAUGAUCAUAUUGUAAGCUUGAUAGCACAAAAUCGUGUUGUUAUAUUUCCAAUUAUAUUUGAAGCUCUUGAGAGGAAUAUACAGAGCCACUGGAAUCAAGCAGUUCAUGGUCUCACUGCAAAUGUGCGCAAGAUGUUUUUGGACAUGGACAGUGAACUAUUUGAAGAGUGCCAGCAGCAGUACAUGGAGAAACAAGCGAAAGCCAAAGAGAUACAGGAACAACGAGAAUCAGCAUGGAGACAAUUGGAAGCUGUUGUUGCUGCCAAGGCUGCUGGAGAUGACAUGGUUUUGGUCAACUAGUUCACAAAAAGAUGGAAUAUAUCUGUACCAAAGUUUCAAUUUAUUAUGGACAUUUAGUUCUUAGUAAUGUCAAUCAGACCAAGCAUCCAUAAGUAUGCAAACAUCGUUUGAAAGGAUGUUUAUGCUUUCUCAGAUGAUAGCUGCUCACUUAUUUCAUGAGCGUCAUGUGCGCUUAUCGAGGCAACAAGGUAUCGGUGCUAGUUGCGGUGCUCUUAUAUCAACAUUGUUGACUUGGGACUAUCAGAUCCAUGUUCCUUGCAUCAGUGCAAAAAAAUGCGGACCGAGUUUGAACACAUUGGCGGCAGCGAAAGCCAAUUCAUGCAGAAUUUCUUUGCCUAGUGAGAUCCUGCUGUAGUUCUGAGCCCUUGCUUUAUUCAGCCCCUCCUUUUCUGUUGUGUUAAUUUAUGAAUAAUUGGACUCUUGUGUUAAUCCUUCAGUGUCUGCCCUAGUUACGGACCCACAAUUGGGAAAAUCCAAGUAGAGAAAAUUACUGAGCUAGAUUGAAAUCUUUUCAAUUUAUUUUUCCUUUUUUACUUCUUUUCUCCUUGUUGGGAGUUAAUUUCAGUUCAUGUUGUUGUAUGGAGGUAACAGCACAAAUGCAGAUAAAAGCUCAUCUGUAGUAGGAACUGUUUCGACGUUGCUGUGGUUGUUUUAGCAAUAUAAUGGCUCACUGGUACGCCCGAUUAAGUUCUGGUACC